AUGUGUCCAACCACUGAUAAAUUAGAACUCACCACAACUCAGUCGGAUAUUUUAGUCUUGCAGGAAAAGGGUUUUACACUAGAAAAACUUAUUGGAGAAGGUUCAUAUGCUAAAGUUUUUAAAGCAACCCAUAUGGUCGACGAAACUCGUCACACCGUGAUGGCUUGCAAAGUGAUAGACACAGCCCAGGCCCCCCGGGAUUAUCUUACUAAAUUUCUACCGCGCGAACUGGACAUUUUGAUAAGAAUCAACCAUCCUCACAUAGUACACGUGUCCAAUAUAUUUCAACGUCGAGCUAAAUACUUUAUAUUUCUACGUUUUGCUGAAAACGGUGAUUUAUUAGACUUCCUUUCCCAAAACGGUGCCGUGCCAGAAAAUCAGAGUAGACUGUGGAUGCGUCAGAUCCUAUCCGGCAUUCAUUAUAUCCACACAAUGAAUGUAGCUCACAGGGAUCUUAAAUGUGAAAAUGUCUUAAUAACUUCAAACUAUAAUGUAAAAAUAACAGACUUUGGGUUCGCUCGGAAUGUUCGGCAAAGAGACCGAGAUAUACUUAGUGAAACGUAUUGCGGUUCACUGUCGUAUGCUGCUCCUGAAGUUUUAAAAGGAGUUCCGUAUUUACCUAAACUAGCGGAUAUGUGGUCUAUCGGCAUCAUAAUGUACACGAUGCUCAACAAAGCCUUGCCAUUCAACGAGACUUCUGUUAAGAAACUAUACGAAAAACAGGUGAUGCGCAAGUGGAGGUUCCGUACCAGUGUUGUGAACACGUUGUCUAAUGAGUGUAAGGCGCAGGUGAUGCAGCUGAUGGAGCCCGAGGCGAAGGCGCGUCCCACCGCCAACGCCAUCUUCAAUGGGCCAUGGAUAGCUAUGGACCCGAGACUCACGAAAAUGACUUUUUUGGAAGAAUCGUUGUUGAAACAAGCACAGGAUGAAUCGUUAAGGAAAGAGAAGGAAAACUAUGAGGAAGAGAGUGAGGUGGAGAGGUUGGCAGAACUCCGACGGAAGGGUCGAGGGAAAGAGGGUCUGAAGGUACUCAAGAACACGGAUUCAAAUUUCGCUAAAUCACAACAACUGUUCGACGAAACGACAUCGAAAUGA